UAUUUAUGUAAACCCUCUAAUUAUAAACACCUGUCAUUUUGAACAAUGCCAAACCUUUCUAAACCUGGUGAUAUAAUAUCUGCGGAUAUCUGCAAACGUAGUAUUGGAGGAUUAGGAUUUCUAGUCCGAGAAAGAAGACGAAAACCAGUUGUCAUCGUUUCGGAUAUAAUCGAAGGUGGUGCUGCUCACGACACCGGACUUCUUGAAGUUGGCGAUGUCGUUUUGAAGGUAAAUUCCGUGGAUCUAACGAACGUUUCAUAUCAAGAAGCAUUGUAUGCUCUCAGAGCGGUAAAACCUGGCGAGACAGCUACUUUGCUUCUUCGAGUUCGAGAUGGCUUUACGAGUAGACUGGAAACCACUUUCAACCACCAGGGGCAGGCGAGGACUGUACGAAUCACUGAGUCCAGCGUUCCCGUGGUCAAUUCUGAAGGCAAAUCGAGUAAACUUACUAAUGGAGGUCCGAAUUUAGAUAAUCGAAUAGUCAGGUCUACACCAAACGGACAAAAUACGAGAAGACGUGAAAGUGUGAAAAAAAUAGAAUCAAAAACAAACUCUUUAUCUGAAUUAACCUGUGGUGUUUGUCUAUCUUCAAACAACCCUACGAUACCACAACCACCUCGAGUUUCUGCUCCAAAUGACCGAAGACAAGACGUAUCUCACACAGUAACAAAAGUUGUGAACGACGAACCGAAAUCCGGAAGUUCUAAAAUGGCCGAAACAAAGAAUAUUCCCAAUGGUCAUUCUAUAACAAACGGAGGAAAUGCGAAAUGGAACGACCUAAAUGGCAAUGCAAUAGCAAAAGAUGACGUUGUUGAUGCCACCAUAGUAGCUCGCAGACCGACCGAAAAAACACCGUUGGUGAAUGGAAUCGAAAAACCCAAGUCGGCAGAAUCCCAUACUCCCACUUCUGUCAAACCGAUUCAUAAGAGCUCAUCGACCGAGUCGAAUCACCAGCCUUCGUACCAUACAUUGAGAAACUGGGAAACAGGAACCAGAACAAAUGAUACCUUAUACACCAAGUGUAUGAAAGCGCAAUCGGUUGCCACUGGUUGCACCAGAAACAAAUGCUUAGGAAGCGUCAUGAAUCCUGAUCACAUGUCAAUUGAUCCACGUAAAAACGUCAGGUCGAAAGAAGAAAAAUUAGAAAUGGCUGUCGAUUUUAUAAAACAGUAUUACGGAUCCAUGAAAAGAAAAAAUCCAGAAAUGGAAAAGAAACGUUUGGCAGAAGUUGUCGAAUCAAUUGAAAAAACUGGAAGUUAUCAACUUACCGAAUACGAAUUGAUAUUCGGAGCAAAGACUGCCUGGAGAAACGCACCCAGGUGCAUUGGAAGAAUACAAUGGAACAAAUUACAAGUUUUUGAUUACCGUCAUGUUGAUAACACCGCACAAAUGUUCGAUGCAAUUUGCAACCAUCUUAAAUAUGCUACAAACAAAGGAAACAUCAGGUCUUGCAUCACCUUUUUUCCUCAAAGAACGGAUUACAAGAAAGAUUUCCGAGUCUGGAGUUCUCAGUAUAUAAGAUAUGCAGGAUACGGGCAACCUGACGGAAGCAUAAUUGGUGAUCCUGCAAAUGUGGAAUUUACGGAGGUUUGUAUCAAGCUUGGUUGGAAGCCAAAAUUUGGUAGAUUUGAUAUCUUACCUUUGGUACUGCAAGCUAAUGGAGAAGAUCCUGAUAUAUACGAAAUUCCACCGGACUUGGCUCUUGAAGUAAAAUUGCGUCAUCCCAGGUUCAAAUGGUUUGAAGAACUUGGAUACAAAUGGUGUGCAGUUCCUGCUGUCUCAAAUGUUUUGCUGGACAUUGGUGGUCUUGAAUUUCCUGCUGCACCGUUUAACGGUUGGUUUAUGGGAACAGAAAUAGCGAGAGAUCUUUGUGAUGUGGCUCGGUACAACGUACUGCAGGAUGUAGCAGAAAAGAUGAAUUUAGAUACAAGGAACACGUCAUCGUUGUGGAAGGAUAUUGCAUUGGUGGAAUUCAACGUUGCCGUUUUACAUAGUUACCAGAGUGACAGAGUUACGAUAAUGGAUCAUCAUUCUGCGACACAGUCGUUCAUGAAGCAUUACGCCAAUGAAUUGAAGCUACGUGGCGGUUGCCCUGGUGAUUGGGUCUGGUUAACCCCGCCCAUUUCUGGAAGCAUUACUCCCAUAUUCCACCAGGAAGUUUUGAACUAUAUUCUUCAUCCGUCUUGUAAAUAUCAGCCUGAUCCAUGGAAAUAUCAUGUGUGGAAGGGAAAAGUCAACAAAGUAAAGAAAGCCAUCAGAUUCAAAGAGCUUGCAAAGUCCGUGCUAAUUAUGUCAUCCAUGAUGGGAAAGGCAAUGGCGAAUCGUGUGAAAGCAACAAUUUUGUAUGCUUCUGAAACAGGAAAAUCAUUGGAAUAUGCGAAGACUUUGUGUGACAUUUUCAACCAUGCUUUUGCUGCAAAGGUUGUCUGCAUGGACGAUUAUGAUAUUGUACACUUGGAACAUGAAACUCUUUUGUUGGUUGUCACAAGUACUUUUGGAAACGGGGAUCCCCCUGAAAAUGGAGUAAAUCUAGGCCAGACACUAGUGGAGCUAUCAAAACCAGAAGAAAGCCAGAAACCACGAAUGCAACGACUUCUCAAACGCUCUUCCACCGCUCCAGACAAUUUGGGAACUGACAAAACGAGAUUCACCAGUAUUCACAAUGUAACACCUUCUGUAAGACGUCGAUCAUCAGUUGCAAUGGAACCGAUUGAUCUCCCCGAUAUUGGUGAAGCUACCGGUCUUCUUGCUAAUUUACGAUUUGCAGUAUUUGGUCUUGGAUCGAGAGCUUACCCACAUUUUUGUGCAUUUGCUCACGCUAUCGACACUUUACUCGGAGAACUGAGUGGAGAUAGAUUGCUUGAAAUUGGAGAAGGCGACGAAUUAUGCGGACAAGAAGAGAGUUUCAGAAAUUGGGCUAAGAAAGUUUUUCAAAUUGCUUGUGAAACAUUCUGCGUUGGUGAAGAUGUCUCUGUGGAAGCUGCAAGUGCGUCAUUAGCUGGUCAAGACAGGAGUUGGAGUCCAAAUAAAUUCCGGAUAGCUGUUGAUCCGGAAGAUGUUGAGGAACCAGCGUUGUUGGAAGGGCUCUCCAACUUUCAUAAGAAAAAGGUUUCCGGCUGUAAAUUGAAGAAGCGAACAAACUUGCAAUCUGGAGAACAGGAUCGCGGCACCAUCCUUGUUGAAUUCGAUUCUUCAAGUUCUUCUGAAAUCAAAUAUCUACCAGGCGAUCACAUCGGAAUAUACCCCUGUAACCAAACUGAAAUUGUUGACCGGAUUCUAGAGAGACUUCACGAUAAAGUGGAUGAAAAAGCAUUGAUUCAACUACAGAUAUUUGAACAACGAACGACGCCUCUUGGUGUUAUUAGCAACUGGCUGCCAGACAAACGUCUUCCUGCCUGUACAUUGAGAACUGCAUUCGAGCGUUAUUUCGACAUUACAACUUGUCCUACUCCACAACUAUUGAAAAUAUUUGCCGAUUGCGCUGCAGAUGACAAAGAGAAAGCAAGACUGCUAGAGCUUUCAGAGGGAAAGUCCGAAUACGAAGAAUGGAAGUUUCAUUUUCUUCCAAACUUGGCAGAAGUAUUAGCGGAAUUUCCUUCGGUGCGAGUAGAAGCAUCUCUUCUCUUGAGUCAACUCAGUCCUUUGCAAUGUAGAUAUUAUUCAAUAAGUAGUUCUACUGAUGUAUAUCCAAACGAAGUUCAUUGCACAGUUGCUAUUGUUAGCUACAAUACCCAAGGGGGAUCGGGAACAAAACGUCACGGUGUAUGUUCGUCUUAUUUGAAUAGAAUGGAACUUGGAUCGGAUAUUUGCUGCUUUAUAAGGCCAGCCACAAGCUUCCAUCUUCCGAAAAAUUCUUCUGCCCCAUGUUUAUUGAUUGGUCCGGGAACAGGAAUCGCUCCAUUCAGAAGUUUCUGGCAACAAAGGAUGUACGACAUUAAACAAGGAAAACAAGUCGGAGAAGUUGCUUUACUUUUCGGUUGUCGUCACCCAGAUCGAGAUCAUUUAUAUAAGGAUGAAAUACAGGAGGCUAAGAAUUGUGGAGCUAUCACUGAAUACCAUACGGCUUUUUCGAGACUUCCGGGACAACCUAAACAAUAUGUUCAGCAUGUUUUGAAAGAACAAUUAGCUGAUCUAGCAUACGACUGGCUUUUAAAGAACAGCGGACACGUCUACAUAUGUGGUGACGUCACAAUGGCUGAUGACGUCAACAAUGCACUAAUGGAAGUUUUGGAAAAGAAAGCAAACAUUAGCAAAAAGGAAGCUAGAGAACAUGUGACUAAAAUGAAGGAGCAAGGUUUAUAUCAUGAGGAUAUUUUUGGCGUCACCUUGAGGACGUACGAAGUAAACAAGAGCGUGCGUCAGCGUCACGUCACUUCGAAAAAGAAAUAAAAGCAUGGGAUUGUAUCUUCACGAGGAUGUUUUCGGAUACACUCGUUACACUCCCAAAUCCAGAGUGAUUUUGAAGGCUCAACCAUGGUGAGGGCAACGACGAAUACAUCAUAACAACAUUGGAGGUUUAUUAUGCAGUAUCAUUCGCUCUGCCCAUUCGUCAACUUUUGAUUUUCUAAGAACUUGAAUAUAUAUCGUCAAUUAACUCCAGUUGAUCAAUGCCACAUAUUUUACGCUGUGUACAGACUUUUCUUUCUCUAUUUUCUUUAUUAGAAAUUAAUAUUAUUAUAUAUAGUUGACAUUCGUUGCAUUUUUUGAUCAUCGACUCACUGCAUCUGCUUUUUAGAAUCUUAAAACCACUCCGCCCACCUACAGAAAACCACUGACUCCGUUCCAAGUGUGAUCCCUUUGUUUCGACUUAUUCCUGGGAUAGAGAUGUCGGUACAUAAUGGGCUAGAGUGGUCAGUUGAUUUAAUAUAAUAUGUAAAUGAGCAAUGCCGGUGACUUUGUGUGUUAUAUUUAUUUUAUGUAAUACUAAAAAAUAUUAUUUUAUUUAUGGAAACAGUUUAGUAUAGUUCUAAAUUGUAAGUUUACAUAUAGCACGAUAUGUGUACCAUUCUCAACUUUAAAUAUUGUGUAUAAAAGUGUUUUCACAUUGAAUAGUGAGGAAUUGCAGUAGUAUAUCUACGUAAUUAUGAUGGGAACAUUCUCUAAUAUUCACAGUUAUAAAUCUUUUCACUGCGUGAUUUAUGAAACUGUAUCGUAUCAAAACAUAGUACAAAUUUGGUUUAAGUCAAUUCCAUGAUGCUCAACUGUUUUGAAGUUGGAUAAUUAACCUAUUUUUUGCGCCCUAUCCAUUGUUGAUAUUUCUAUCAAAUUAAUCUGAUUUUCGUAAUUGCUAGUCCGAAUUUCUAAAUCGUAUAAUUGCUUUGAUGACUUCCCUUUUGAUGCAGUCGUAUGAAGCGUGAUGUUUCUGAUUUUGCACAGCCCUAUUUUGAAUGGGAUCUGUUCAUGCCACUUACAUGUUUACUUUAACUUACAAUUCUUCAUUACUAAAAGCUGCUUUCUAUUUUAUGAGGCCAGAAUCCGUAUUGUUCAAUAAAAGUACAGUUAAAGCCA